UAGAAUAUUAGUUCUUGACUAACCAUCGUACUUGCAAAAGUGAAAAUGGUAAAGCUAGUGAUAUUAGCGUGCGUCGUACUCGCAGUAUUGAUUGCUGACGUCACAUGUCAGCGUUAUAUCUUCUCAACAUACAGGCCACCUACUCGUUACCAGUUCAUCCGCCCGACUUAUAGGCCACCUUACCUAAGAGACCAACGUUUCAGAAUAGCCCGCGAAGCUCACGAUGAGCCGCUGUGGCUGUGGCAAGGAGACAACAUCGACCGCGCGCCUGCUACCGGUGACCAUCCCAUCCUGCCCUCAGUCAUCGACGACAUCAAGCUGGACCCCAACAGGCGACACGCCCGCAGUGUGGACUCACCCAGCGCUAGACGCCACGGAGGUCAAUCUUCUUCAGGUGGUCGCAGGGACACGGGGCCUACUCAUCCCGGAUACAACCGUCGUAAUGCGAGAAGCGUAGCGCUCCCUGAUGUGGAUCCUUACCGUCAAACCCUUCCAAUCAUGCCUUCCCCCUACGACCCGUUUGGACCCCAACCUGGUCAACCUCGAAAAACUUAUCCAAUCUACGCUAGAGCGGUGCGUGAUUUACACAUUCCCGGACUGAAGAAGCCAUCUCACCGUGAUGUCAUCAUCCCCAACUGGAACCCAAAUGUCCGCACGCAGCCGUGGCAGAGAAUUGGUGGUGGUCGUAGACCCAGGAGCGUUGAGGAAUUCCAGAACGAAGACCCCGAAUUUUUCGAUGAUUGAGAAGACGAGCAGUGUUUUUUAAGUAUUUUAUAUUUUGUCGACAUAUACUUCAUAUUUAGUUCGACGUUUCAGAAUGUACCUUCAUUAUUUAUUCAGUAUUAAAGUUUUGAAAUCA